AUGGCGUCCGGUCAGGAGAGCACGGAGGAGCUGGAGCGCAUGGCCGAGGAGGGCCAGGCCAUCGUCCCCGGCGGCACCGGCGGCAAGUCCCUCGAGGCGCAGGAGCACCUCGCCGAAGGGCGCAGCCGCGGCGGGCAGAAGGGCGGGCAGACCCGCAAGGAGCAGCUGGGCCACGAGGGGUACCAGGAGAUGGGCAGCAAGGGCGGGCAGACGCGCAAGGAGCAGCUGGGCCACGAGGGGUACCAGGAGAUGGGCAGCAAGGGCGGGCAGACGCGCAAGGAGCAGCUGGGCCACGAGGGGUACCAGGAGAUGGGCAGCAAGGGCGGGCAGACGCGCAAGGAGCAGCUAGGCCACGAAGGGUACGGCGAGAUGGGGAAGAAGGGCGGCCUGAGCACCAAGGAGGAGUCCGGCGGCGAGCGCGCCGCCCGGGAGGGCAUCGAGAUUGAUGAGUCCAAGUUCAGGACCAAGUCCUCCUAG